UUGUCCUGCACUGGCCUAAACCCCUCCAGCUCGGAGCAGCCAGGGGAGGCAGCGCGGAGAUUGGCUGAGCUCUGGGAUUUUCCAGCUGGAUUUACAUAUCGCCCACUGCUCCGCAUGCCUUUGUGUUUGCAUCAUGAAGAGCCACACACACACACACACACAGAUAGCGGAAGAGACUCUAACCGAGGAGAAGCUGCCCACAGCUUAGGACCUGGGUCAUGGUGGCAUCCUGCUGGGCUCUGCUGGGACGGCCGAGGAGCAAGCUUCCCAUGACUAACAGAUGCUGGGCUAGAUUAUGAGCUCAAACAAGAACACUCGCUACAAUCGUUUCUCCAGUGGCACAACGAGCAUCACUCCUUCCGAAAACACUAACGGGACAAGAAUGGAAACAACUUUUGGACCAGCCUACCCUCCUGUGACAACCAUCACAAAGGCUGACGGGACCAACACUUUUAAACAGCACCGCCGGACACCAUCCUCCUCCAGCACACUCACCUACUCCCCACGAGAUGAGGACGAUGGCAUGCCUCCCAUCAGCACUCCGCGCCGCUCCGACUCUGCUAUCUCCGUCCGUUCAUUGCACUCCGAGUCCAACAUGUCCUUGCGCUCCACGUUUUCACUCCAUGAGGAAGAGGAGGAGCCAGAGCCACUGGUGUUUGCUGAACAGCCGUCCGUGAAGCUGUGCUGCCAGCUCUGCUGUAGCGUGUUUAAGGAUCCGGUCAUCACAACGUGUGGGCACACGUUUUGUAGGAGAUGUGCCUUAACAUCUGAGAAGUGCCCGGUGGACAACGCCAAGCUGACCGUGGUGGUGAACAACAUCGCCGUGGCCGAGCAGAUCGGGGAGCUCUUCAUUCACUGCAAGUACGGGUGCCGGCCCGCGGCCAGCAGCAAGCCCGCAGCCUUCGAGGUGGAUCCCCGCGGCUGUCCCUUCACAAUCAAACUCAGUGCCAGGAAAGAUCAUGAAAGCAGCUGUGACUACAGGCCCGUUCGCUGCCCCAAUAACCCCAGCUGCCCCCCGCUCCUGAAAAUGAACCUGGAGGCACAUCUGAAAGAGUGUGAGCACAUCAAAUGUCCCCACUCCAAGUACGGGUGUACGUUCAUAGGAAAUCAAGACACUUAUGAGACCCACUUGGAGACGUGCAAGUUUGAGGGUCUGAAGGAGUUCCUGCAGCAGACAGACGACCGCUUCCAUGAGAUGCAGGUGGCCAUGGCCCAGAAGGACCAGGAAAUCGCCUUCCUGCGCUCCAUGCUGGGGAAGCUCUCGGAGAAGAUCGAUCAGCUGGAGAAGAACCUGGAGCUCAAGUUUGAUGUGCUGGACGAGAACCAGAGCAAGCUGAGCGAGGACCUGAUGGAAUUCCGGAGGGAUGCCUCCAUGCUGAACGAUGAGCUCUCCCACAUUAAUGCUCGGCUCAACAUGGGCAUCCUUGGAUCCUAUGAUCCUCAGCAGAUCUUCAAGUGCAAGGGAACCUUUGUGGGCCACCAGGGCCCUGUCUGGUGUUUGUGCGUUUACUCCAUAGGAGACCUGCUCUUCAGUGGCUCUUCAGACAAAACCAUUAAGGUGUGGGAUACCUGUACCACAUACAAGUGCCAAAAGACCUUGGAGGGUCAUGAUGGAAUUGUACUGGCUCUCUGCAUCCAGGGGAACAAGCUGUACAGUGGCUCUGCUGACUGCACCAUCAUUGUUUGGGACAUUCAGAACCUGCAGAAGGUGAACACGAUUCGAGCACACGACAAUCCUGUUUGCACUUUGGUCUCCUCACACAACAUGCUGUUCAGUGGCUCUCUCAAAGCCAUCAAGGUCUGGGACAUCGUAGGUACCGAGCUGAAGCUGAAGAAGGAGCUGACAGGCCUCAACCACUGGGUGCGGGCGCUGGUGGCUUCUCAGAACUAUCUCUACAGUGGCUCCUACCAAACGAUCAAGAUCUGGGACAUCCGCAACCUGGAGUGUGUCCACGUGCUGCAGACAUCAGGAGGCAGCGUCUACUCCAUCGCUGUGACCAACCACCACAUCGUGUGUGGCACCUACGAGAACCUCAUCCACGUCUGGGAUAUAGAGACAAAGGAGCAGGUCCGCACGCUGACUGGGCACGUGGGGACAGUCUAUGCCCUCGCUGUCAUCUCCACACCGGAUCAAACCAAAGUCUUCAGUGCAUCAUACGACCGGUCUCUAAGGGUGUGGAGCAUGGACAACAUGAUCUGUACCCAGACGCUGCUGCGACACCAGGGUAGUGUCACUGCCCUCGCAGUCUCCAGGGGCCGCCUCUUCUCCGGCGCCGUGGACAGCACUGUAAAGGUCUGGACGUGCUAGCGAGAGCACCACCCUAGUCCUGCACACUGAAAGACCAAAAACUCCUGCCCUCUGUCGCCUGCUGGGUGACACCACUGCUCCAGAGCAACUGCUGCAGCUCCUCUCCACACCGACCACUGCCCGCUGCUGCCCACCGGCCGGUUCCCACCCCACGGACCCCGCUGGCAGCUCUCAGGAUGGCUCCAGGCCAUGGCUGCUCCAGAUGUUCCCUCAGAUCCGCUGUUGUGGUGCCAGCACCUCCAUCACCACAGGCUGCACUCCUCUCCCUGCAUCUUCCCUGCCAGGGAGCAGCCUUUGGGGCCAGGGCCAGGCCUCCAGCCCAUGGGGCACCGGUGUGGCUGCAGCACAGCCCUUGGGCCACCGAUGGGAUGAAUGGCUCAGUUAUCACAGACAGGAGCCAGCCCAGCCAGGGCAGUGACAGUGGGAGGAGGCUGUGCCCUUGUCAGUGGUAGAACUGAGCAUUAGGCCUUGCCCUGGGUUGGACCCUGACCCCUUUUCUGUCUCUAGUAUUUAAUUUUACUGCCACGAUGUCAGGCUGAUCGUGUGGGAAGAGGUGUUUCCUUGAGUAGCCAGGUACGAUUUUUAUGCCACAGCUAGUUCUCAAAUCAAAUAACACAAACCCAUCGUUCACCACCAUGUAAUAAUGGUCUCCACAUUAAAAAGACUCCGUUGCAUUUUUACUCACAUUUUCUACUGUUUUUAAGAUUGUAAUAUAGAUUUGAUUAUUUCUUCAUUGACAAUAAAAGUGGAAAGAGUU